UUUAGUUACAGCGUUUAUCCUUUUACAAAUUGCUAUCCAGUAACAAAAAGAAAAGGAUGCUUAGUUUGUUCGGUAAUAAAAAAAAGGCUAAACAAAGACAGAAGAGGAAGCCAAGCCAUCACCGUCCUUGUCGUUAAAACCUCCAUUAGUCGCCACCGCACGUUGAAAAGACGUCGAACUGUAGAGCGAAUUAACAUCACCCAAUCCCUGAAACCCCUCUCAUCGGCGAUUUUCCUCAUCUCCGACUCGUAAUUAACCCUCCCAUGGAAUUAGAAGGGAACUUCUUCAUGUCUGAUGCUCAACAAGCACAUGACGAUGCCUUCUUAGCUAAACAAAAACCUAAUCUCGUCACGGGUCCCAUUGGAGGUCAAAACGCUAACGAAAGUGGCUGUUUUGAUUGCAACAUCUGCCUAGACACAGCCCAUGAUCCGGUUGUCACACUAUGCGGACACCUUUUCUGCUGGCCUUGCAUUUACAAAUGGUUACACGUUCAGCUAUCAUCCGUCUCAAUCGAUCAGCACCACAACAACUGCCCUGUCUGCAAAUCCAACAUCGCCGUCACCUCACUGGUUCCUCUCUACGGAAGAGGCAUGUCUUCCGGGUUUGUCUCGAAGAAACAAGACGCAGUAAUACCACGGAGACCUGCUCCACCAAUCACUUCAGGAUCAUCUCUGAACCCAAGGUUGCAACAUCAUCGAACAAUGUCUCCAACGUUUCACAGCCGCAACCAAUACUCCCCUCGUGGCCUCACAACAACCGAAUCAACCGACCUUGCGAAUGCAGUCAUGAUGAGUUUCCUCUACCCGGUGAUUGGGAUGUUUGGGGACUUGGUCUACACCAGGAUAUUCGGAACCUUCACAAACACAAUAGCUCAGCCUUAUCAAAGCCAGAGGAUGAUGCAGCGUGAGAAGUCUCUUAACCGGGUAUCCAUAUUCUUCUUCUUCUGCAUCUUCCUUUGCCUCCUUCUCUUCUAGCUCUCUCUCUCUCUCUCUCUCUCAUUCUCCCUCCCACUUGUAUAGUUUUUGAAAUGUAUAUAGACUGUAAACGUUAUGGUAUAACAAGUACAGACAUUAUUGUUCCGAGUUAGGUCUCAAAUUGCAAGGCCAUUUGCUCUCUGUGUGUUGCAUAUCUAUAGACAUAUACGUGCUUGUAUCUUAACUUCAUGAACCAUAUAUAAACACUUCAUCGUCUAUUCUAUAA